CUUUGUCGCCAGACUGUUUUCCUCUUUUUGUUUACUGUGGAAGUAUACACUCGCUCACGGAGUUUUAGUUAUAUAGAUGACGACGGUUCUGGGUGCACUAAUAAUAAGGACCGUUAUAUGAGAAUUAACAUGGCCAAGUGUGAAAAUAAAAACUCUCGAAGGGAAUGCUCAGCGAUGGCGAAUGGCGACACGAGAAGCAAUCGAAACACACGUAAGUUGGCGGGUAUCUUGAUGUGUUCUACUGCUCUCAGUCACUUUCCAUCUCAAAAUUAUUUAAUAACGGAAAAAAUUUACAAGCAGAAAAAUUUAUAUUUUAUUACUAACGGACGAUCAAUUCGUGCCGAAAAGAGACGGAUUCAAGAACAGGCAAGUUGGCGAGUUUCAUCAGAAGUGAUAUCGAUUCGACUGCCGUCAGUCACUUUCCAUCUCGAAAUCGUUUUAAGAUGGAAAAAAUUUCUACAAGCCGAAAAUUUAGCCGUAUUUUAUUACCAAAGGCAAUCGCACGACUGCGGGGACCAUGUGGUUUGGCUAAUUUCUAUAUGUUAUUGGCGAUACAACGUGAUUUUCGAUACACCCCGCUCCCCACCCGCGGAAAAAUCGUUUUCACUCCUCCUAGAAAUAUUUAAUUUUGCAAUGUUAUUCUUCUUUUUACCUAAUUUUGAUUAACUGAAAAUUUGUCUCCUAUUAUUCCCUUUUCUCUCUCUGGUUUGAUCAGAAAUGUGUCACCACUUGACAGAAAAAUAAAAUGUGCGAUUUUCUAAAAGGCAUGUUAUGUUUCUGCAGAUUUUAGGUUGGUGAAAAGGGGAAAAAAGAGUUGCAUCACUUUCAACAACACUUAUUCACUUAUGGUACAAGGAAACAAAGUCAGCUUCGUGGUGAGUGAAAACACUAAAGAAACUCCCUCUGCAGGCUUACAGUUUUGAAACCGAAAAAUCCUUUUCGAAAAUAGACUGUCCGAUUAUCUUAUACCCCAACAGAUUUGAUAAGUAGGUUCAAUUUUGCCGGUGAGUGUCUUUUUAGUUAGUUAUCACAACUUCGACGUCAAAAUGUGGCGAGAGCAAAAACGAUAGCAAAGCCCUGCCGUAGGAACGUGCGUCAGCUUACUAUAAGAUCAUUAGCAUUUUGAUUUCUCUCACGAUUCACAACUAAUCGAUGACACCACACAUGGCAAAAUGAUCUAUGAGUCUGUUAUUUGAGAAAAGUUAGAACGCGGUUUAAAGUCGUUGGCUCUCAAAAGUUGUUCACAGGUACCUUUAAGGAGAGUUCUCGGCGGGAAAAUGUAAUGCCCCGAGAAUCGCCGGGACUUUUUUCGGAAGUACUACCCUUUGCACUACCGCAAUAGAUGCAGUGAAUUUCUUGCUUUCGGAUUGGCUGUAGUGGCAUGGGAUACUUUGAGGUACUGUGUAAAUGGUUAUCGGAUGAAUGCUAUUUGUAUUUUUAGUUAUGCUACUCUAAAUUCUGUAGAGCCUAUUCACUCAUAUGGCCUACGCCUAUGCAAAGUUAUUGGAACAAAAGGACGUUUUUACAUGAAAAGUUUCAACUCCCACGGUAAUGGUUAGGAAAACCAACAAUGCCGCCUUUCUAUUGCUUUUUAAUUUGGGACACUAAUAUGGCGGACGUAUCGUCAUGUAAAAGUGCUCUAUUUAAAACCCAAGAGGCAUUCAAUCGGAUUCGUGGGUAAAAAGUCUUGCUGGAAGAGCAUACCUAAGAAUCCCUUUCUGAUACUUAUGUGUCUAUCGUAAUUGAUAAUAAUCGUCAGUAGUAAUAACUUCAUCAUUGAAUUGUUAAAAAUAGAAGAUAUACCGUCGAUCUUUUGCUUUUUCAGAAUGUCUCCUGCCACAGUAAAGAUAAUGUCAAUAAAGUAGUUUGGUUUAAUUAUGAAGUACAAGAUAUCAAGAGUAAGAAAGCACGUUAUCGUGUGUUUUACUACAAACAAGGUGGAAGUUUCAUGUGUCUUACUCGCGACUGUACUGGAACCUUGAAUGUAACUCGUGUUAACUCCCCAUUAAACCGAAACUGUUCCUUUUCCACUUAUAAUAAUUUAUGAUAAGUUAAUGUGACAGAAAAAAAUGGGUUUUUAUUUAUUGUAUGACGUAAUUCUUUAUCAAUUUAAGGUAAUUUCCCUAUUUUUAAAGUAUUUUUUACUUGUAACGUUAAAGUUGUAUCGCAUUCCAUAGAAAGAAAUGAACUGGAUUUUUAAAGACAUGGUGCUACCGUUAAUAUUUAUUACACUAGUCACUUAUUCUCCGCCACGGUAAUGAAUAAGCAAGUGAAAAAUGAGAGGAUCUUGACCGCUGGCCGUCUGUUUGCAGUUCCAUGGAGCCGAUAUGCAUAAUUAUACCAAUGCAGCCAACACGACAUGUUAACAUCGAACAGUAUCGAGUGAUUGCCAAAGCUAAUAGUCAAUUAAUCAAAGGGCACGAUACUGGGGGGAAUUGGGUUAAUUUUUGCUGGGUGUGUGCCGCUGGCCUCUCAGAGCCCCUACCCCAUUAUAGUAGUUCAUUCUGUGGCCAAUAAUACAGACCUCAUCUUAGUCACUUUUGGGCAAAUAUGUAAUUUUCGCGAUCCCAACUAACUAGUCACUUUCUGUUUUUUAUGGAUUGACCCAUGUUUUAGAUUGAAUAAAGAACGCUUUACUUUUCUCCUACAGUGCAAACAUUCCGGUACGUGUGCUAACCGUAAAUAUGAAAAACUAAUGUCACUCCCCUAAAAAUUCGGAAAAUGUGCGACCGCAUCCAGCGGCACAUCCGAUCAGCCUCUUAUAAGGAAGUAACCCAAACCCCCCCUGGGUACUGACUGCGUUAAGCAGCACAUAACUUCAUGGGAAACGCCUGGCGAAGACUCCCAACCUCCUGAGGACGAGGUUGAAAGAUUCCAUGUGAAAAAGGUGGUGAUGCUGGCAGGAAAUAACUGAAAUUAAACCCGAAGAAAGCCAGCCCAGUAGAAUUUAGGACAACCAUGUAACCAGUGUAGCCGUAAAUUAUAUCGCAAUAAAGAGAGUAGCUGUUAUUAAACUAUUUUCUCUCCUCUCUUCUUUUUUGCUUCGACAUCCCGUGAAGUGAUACUUGAGCAGCAAAACAGAAUUUUGGCAGUCCAUUCCCUAUGAGAAGUACCUAAUUCUGGGACUAUGUGACGAGGAAUAUCCGAGCCCUUUCAUUCUGGAGCUAAUCUUUAAGCAACAGUCAUCCGUUUCUCAGUUUGUCGGAAAUGGCGACUGUGAAGUGAAACUGAUGUCCACUGAAGGAUGUGCAUGAAUGAUAUGCUCAUUAUAAACGGGGUUUACUUACAGUAAGCUUCGUUGACGACACUCCGCUCACCACAUACAACAAAAGCUGAUUCCCAGGCCGGCACGUAGGCAAACAUGCAUUACAGAAGCAAUUUGGUGUUCACUACGGGGAUGCAAAAUGUGACAAAUUUUUAGAGGAUAAUUUAUUUUGUAAAUAUUUACAAAAUGCAGCUAGUUUUACAAUAUAUGUUGGUGGGAGUUUUGGAGAAUAAUAAACAUAGGUUUUAAAAUAUUUACACACAAAUUAAGGAGUCUGAGCGAUCCAGCAGAAGGCGAAGACGCAAGUUUGCCUUUAACAGUGUUUAAAUUCGGAAAGCGAUUGUGCUGAUUUGCCUCGUAAGAAAGAUUGUUCCAGCACAUUGCACCACUAUACUUAAAACUACGUUUGAGGAAAUUCGUUUUUGGCCUUGGAAGUGCUAGAUCAGUUUCAAGAUUCCUAAGAUUACGUUUGGUGCUACUAUCAUUGAGUUUUGUAAGGGGCUGUUAGAUGGCCGGACACUAGAUUCACCAUUGCAGAUUUUGUACAUUAGGUAGCCUUGACAAGUGAGCGACUGGUUUCGAGGUUUUUCCAUUUUAAAUUUUCAUUUACAAGCACAUCUACCGAUCUAAUGUCAUAUGAUAUGAUAAACCCGUUAAUCAUAUUAUUAAAGAGGCUUCCUGCGACCCAGACAUUAGAAUUUAGAGGUUUCGAGGGGACUGGUCGCUUACUACUUGUGAGGGCAGCCGGCUAUUUGCGAAAGCUUAAAAAUAUUUUAAACCGACCUCCACAUUUCAUCCUAGCUUUGUAUAAAUGACCCCCAUUGCUGUGGAAACUACGAAAUUCUAGCUACAAAUCUUGUCGAAGUUCAACACAUACAGUCGAACCUCCAUGAGCGACCACCUCUCGUAUUAAGCGACCACCUCUCAUAACGACCGCCAAUCCAAAACACCAAAAUGUAAGCGACCGCGACCACCUUUUGGGCCUGAAAGCUUAAUGAUUUUCUUAACCUCUUUUAAGCGACCACUUGACGCAUUCUCUGGUCUUUUUGCUCGCUGUGUGCACUGUGUUGCUUGGAAUGUACAAAGAAUUUUAGUGACAACAUGGAACUACACAUGGCGCAAUAAAUUAUCUUCCAUAAGGUAGAUAUGCCAGGACCUCUUCUCGGAUGAGGCCCCCUAAGGUUCGAUUCUUGUAAGCGACCAGCUCCCGCAAGUUUCCACUAAGUCUUUGCAUUUUGGGUGGUCGCUUACAGGAGGUUCGACUGUAGUUUAUCUGCAGUAGUGUUUUUAAGAUCGGCGUAUACCAUUCGCGGCUGCUGAAUUUAAUUUCAAUUUUGCUACUGCCUUUGUAUUACUUUCAUGAAAUUUAUUAAAAUGGCCCUCCAGGUAACGCUGCCUUAUCUGAAAAGGACCACCCAAAAUCAAUCAAGAUUUUGAAACUAUUAAUGAUCCCAUGGACAGAAAUCACGGACAUUUGAGCCCGCGCUGUGGCAUGCGGCUUUCUUCUUAACAAUAGAGAAUUUAAUAUGGCGGCCAAAAAGCGUGCUUUCCUCGUAGAUUACGCACAGAUUCAUAAUAUUUCACGUCGAUCCAACAGAAAAUCCAAAAGAAGGAAGAUGUACGAGGCAGAGAGAAUAAUCGAGCGGCGGAAAACCAAACACGUGAGUCGAUUUUUCAUGUCAAUCCUGAAAGUUGAUCCAUUUGUGUAGCUAACGAAGCAAAAUGGCGGGCACCCACUCCCCCUCACAGGUAAAACGGCCAGCCCCAGGGUAGCUUUAUACACCGGAAUUUAGUAUCAGCAUAUAAAACAAGUCCCAUCAUGCUUUAUCAAGUUUGCCGGAUAGUCUCGUCAACAAACUACAUAGUGACUGGUGAAAAAAGGAUUCAGGUUUAUUGAUUUGACUUAAUUAAAAACUUAUUGAAGAAAUAAAUUCAGCUAGAAGACUAAACCACUACAUAUUACCGUAGUUUAUAAUAUAUUUACGUUACAUGAACUCUGUUUUAAUUUCUUGUGUUUAAUGUGCCUAAUCUUAUUCCUUUUCGAGUUAUUUUGAGUUUUCCUUGCAGUCAAUUCUUUCAUCUGGACUUGGGGAUGGCCAUGUAUUUGUGUGACGGCUAUCGGGUGUCCCUGAACACUUGGUUUUACUUGUUAAUAAUAUACAUGAAAACAUUUCUCGAAUGUGAUUGGCUAAGAGAAAUGAAGUUUAGGUAACACGGUGCAGAAUAAAGGUAAUUGAGUGCAGACUCAAAAUGUAAUUUAGUGCAGAAAAGAGUAACAAACGUGACACUGUGAUUGGCUAAUAAACAAAGGAACUCACAGAGUGCCAAUCAAAUGCGCCAUCUAAAUGGUGCAAAAUUUGGAUCCGCUCCGGACUAAUUUCGAGCAAAAACUGCAAUGGUUGGCGUUUGCAGCACAUUUGCUUUUGGGACUGAAACAACUGUAGAGGAGCUGAAAAACUGCUCUAAAAACGAAAGCACUGCGAAAAGCACUGGUUUUUGGCUCUCAGUUUGGAAGAAUUGGUGCGCAGACAAAGAAGUUACUGAUGAAAAAGAAAAUUAUGAGCCUGCUGAGCUUAACACUUCACUCGAGCAUUUCUACGCCGAAGUAAACAAUAAAAAAGGUGAAGAUUAUGAACCAGAAAGCCUUAAAGUAAUGAUGGCAUCGCUUGAUAGACACUUACAGAACAAAGGCUGCCUCCUGUCCAUUGUACGUGACCGAGAAUUUAGUUCGUCCAAAGAGGUGUUGGAGGACAACGCGAAA